AUGCAGCGGAACGCAGAAGCGGCUUCAGGGGGCCUCCAGGGGCCCCAAACGGAGGCUUCAGGGGGCCCCCAGGGGCCCCCAGGGGGGGCUUCGGGGGCCUCUUUGAGUCGUGGAGGGGCUGCUGCUGGCGUGGCCGCGGCCAUCAGCGCAGGAGCCACUGACCCCGCUACGCUGCGCAAAGUCGAACGCUGCACAGAAGCCUCCUGCGGCCAGCGCUCGCCUGAGGCCUCUCUCAGGAGAAGACUGAUGGGAUUGCGAGGGCCAGAGCCCCCAGAUCGGCUGGAGCUGGGGCAAAGCUCUUGGGCGCUGCUGCACAGAUCGGCUGCUGUUUUCCCUCAAGAGCCCACUGAAGCGCAGCAGCAGCGCAUGAAGGCGUGGCUCGGGGCCUUCUUCAAGCUCUACCCCUGCAGCGAAUGCCGCACCCACAUCGCGCCCUACGUGGCUGGCCACCCGCUGCAGUCCGCGGGCAGCGAGGGCGUGUGCGCCUGGGCGUGCGAGGCGCACAACUUCGUGAACGGCGAACUGGGCAAAGAGCUCUUCGCCCCCUGCGAAGGCCCCGCACUGCGCGCGCUCUACUUGAACAGCCAGCGAGUCCGCAGGCCGGAGCUCUAG